UCAGUUUCGAUCGAGACGCACUGGAGUGCGGACGUGUGGUGCGCUUGAGUCUGCGAUUUCCUGCUGCGCUUUGCGGUGUCGUCGCAUUUUUCGUGCCUUCCGGAGCGUGGAUCCCCUGCAUUUUUGUGGUCGUUGUGCAAGUGCGCGGCAGUCACGUACAGCCGUUGCAACAAAAUACGAGAAAUCAAAAACACAUCGUAACAGACGAACAAAUCCGCCAGAAGUAAGCAAAUCAAUGUGGCAAAUAGUGUACCUUCGAUGCGCGCUCGCUGAUUGAUUAACACAUCACCUCCCUCCCACACACGAAGGCAAAAGCCGUGUGUAAAGUACUCAGUACUCGUACUUACCUGUGGGUGCAAUCCGCUGCAAUUGGAAUUGCAACUGCACGGUGUGCAUCCCCAGCGGAGAACGCUGAAGAAACCAAAUAAAAAAAAAAUAAAAGAGUUUAAAGUGCCGCGGCUGCAUUGUUUUGACUUUGAUCGUGUGUCGUGCUCUCCACCACCCCUCAUCCGCCAUCAGCCAUCCGCCCCGUUGCCCCUCGACGCAGCGCGUGCGUGUUGCAACUUUUGAUUAGCUUUGGAUUCCGAUUCGGAUUGGGAUCUCGCGGUGCAGUGCGCUUGCGUUUUUCGUAACUUAUCGCCGCCCACAUCUUAACUGGCAUUUGCCACGGCGGCUCGUUCUCCUCCUUCAGAGUCAACCGUUGCCGGCUGAGAUGUGCGUCCAAUUUGUGGCGAAAUUAAUUAUAUAAUUUCCAAAAACACCGCCAAAAUCCCCGUAAAAAUCAAUUGCACAAAAGAAGAGAAAGAGAAGCGCUUCAAUAAACACGGCGAGCGGUGCUAAUGCGAAAGGAAACUCCCCGACAAUCGCCGAAAAUUGUAAAGAAAUAAAUUAUACAAAAUGUCUAUACAAAGCACAAGACAUUCGCCAUUCGCAUGGACCGCAAGAGCCCUGCUGCUGCUGGCCACCUGGUGCUGCUACCUCGGAUAUCUGGGAUCGGAGGCCCAUGUGGCCCUCACCUAUCCACCUGCCCGCAAAUUCGACCUGGACUUUUUGGACAAUGCGCGAACGAAGGCGCCAUGUGGCAUGCCCAAAGGCUCCAUCCGCACAUCGCUGCUCUCCGGCACGCAGUUCAACGUCACCUGGCAUUUGGCCUAUGCGCACAAGGGCGGUUUUCGUUUGCAACUUUUGGAUGCCCUCGAUCGACCUGUACUGGACCUAACGCCACAUGUAAAUAACUCGGAGUUUGUGAGCACUGAUGUCACAGCCCAGUCUUAUCAAGUGAAGAUUCCGAACGACUUUGAAUGCUAUAACUGCACUCUGCGUCUGCUUCGCCAGGCAGAUGAAUGGACCACCAGCUAUCGCUUCUGGUCCUGCGCCGAUGUAGACAUCAAGCUCCGAAAGGACUUCAAGGAGACCUGUUCAGGCAAUGGCAAAUACUUCCCCUCGCGGUGCAAGUGCGACAAGAACUUCUAUGGCCCGCAGUGCCAGUACAAGGAUGAGUGCUCUGCCGACUCCGAUUGCGGCGUCCAGGGCAAGUGCGUGGAACUGGGUGGAACCUCGCUGCCUAAGAAACAAUGCUACUGCAACUUUGGAUGGUUCGGUAUUGGAUGCAACAAACGGUCGCCCUACAAGAGCACAAGCCUCGACCUCUCCUCUUAUUCCAAAAAGGAGCUCUCACCUGACUACCACGUCUACUGGAGGCUGCUUGAAGAACAGAAGGAGAUUGAGAUGGUACUUAAGGUCAAUGGUACAUCUUGGGUCGGCCUGGGCUGGAGACCACGUGGCAUGACACCGGAGUGCAAGAACUUCCCGCUGAUACGGGACAUCGGAGAUCUGACCACAACACUGGAAGCCUCUGUUCCGGAACCCAAGAGUGAACCGGAGCCCAAGAGCGAACCGGAACCCAAGAGCGAACCGGAACCCAAGAGUGAACCCGAACCCAAGAGUGAACCCGAACCAAAAAGCGAACCUGAACCUAAGAGCGAACCGGAACCUAAGAGCGAACCUGAACCGAAGAGUGAACCGGAGCCUAAGAGUGAACCCGAACCCAAGAGUGAACCGGAGCCCAAGAGUGAACCGGAGCCCAAGAGUGAACCGGAGCCUAAGAGUGAACCCGAACCCAAGAGUGAACCGGAACCCAAGAGUGAACCGGAGCCUAAGAGCGAACCACAACCAAAGCAAUUAGCCGAGCUUAGGGCCGCACCAGAGCCACAAAGUGAGCCUGAGCCCAAGAGCGAACCGGAGCCCAAGAGCGAACCUGAGCCCAAGAGCGAACCGGAACCCAAGAGCGAACCUGAGCCCAAGAGUGAACCGGAACCCAAAAGUGAACCAGAGCCCAAGAGUGAACCGGAACCCAAGAGCGAACCAGAGCCGACAAGCGAGCCUGAACCAAAGAGUGCACCAGAACCGAAGAGCGAACCUGAGCCAACAAGUGAACCGGAACCCACAAGCAAACCGGAACCAACAAGCGAGCCGGAACCCAAGAGCGAACCGGAACCGAAGUCUGAGCCGGAGGCCCAGAGUUCAAAAUCCAAGAGAGUUGCUGGAGAUUUUGCCAAAAAGGGUGUCUCUUCCGUUUCUACAAGUGUUUCAUAUCGCGUUAGCACCAAGUCAGAUCGCCAACGUCGUGAAGCUGACUCACCCAAAUACCGUCUAAACCCCUACACACCACGACAUGACUUCAAUGGAAUGGACUGCACGGACAUCGUGAUCGGAGCAGCCCGAGGAAUGGCCAGCAGAGUGGGUGACUACUACAGCCGUGAUCGAUCGACUCCCCACACCGACGAGUUCUUCGGCGGCAAGUCAAACCUGGCCUUGGGAACGGGCUUUGAGGAGAAUGGCGUGACCACGAUAAUCUUCCGCAAAAAACUGGUUGCGAAUGAGCCCACCGAUCACACUCUAGACGAUGCCCUCACCCAUGUGAUUUGGGCCAAGGGUCAGGAGCCGGAAGCAUAUGUUCAUGUUCCAGCCUCUGGCCUGGAAACGCAGAUAGCAACUGUCAAAAACUUCUAUCAGCAGGAUGAACUUAAAUACCACGGACACCAAAUGCAGCGAGGCGUCACCCAGAUCAAUUUCUUCGAAAAAGAAAAGUCAGCCACGAGCACAGACCGUAACGACCUGGGCACCAAUGUGCUGGAUAACGAUUGUUAUGGUCAUUGGAAGUAUCCGUCCAACUGCUCGCCCCAGGAGCACACCUGCGAGUACUACGCCAGUUGGGAGACGGUCGGAAAGGGUGACGAGAUGCGUUGGCACAUUGAAACGUCAAACACGCAGACCUGGACGGGAAUAGGUUUCAGCGAUGAUCAGCGUAUGUCGCAGACGGAUGCGAUCAUUGGCUGGGUGGACGGACGCAGUGGAAGACCCUUCCUAAUGGACACCUGGGUGCUGGGCUACGCUCCGCCGAAGCUCGAUGAUCGCCAGGACAUCUACAACGCAUCAGGACGCAUUGAGAAGGGUGUGACCAUUCUGGAGUUCAAUCGCAAGCGGGUCAGCAAUGACGAACAGGACUUGUCCUUCACCGACGACCACUGCCUCUAUCUAUUCUUCCCGGUUCUGGGCGGUGCCUUUAAUGUGGUGAACAAGAAGAUCCGCAAACACGAGCAAGUUCCUCCAAUCUCUUCUCAGCGCGUCUGCAUUAAGUCCUGCGGCAAGGAACUGGAGUCCGUCUUUGUGGGCACCAGCACUCCGGCUCCAAGCCGUCUUGUUUACGCCGUUGCCGUUAAGCUGAUGAACCUGGGCGAAUCCUAUGAGGCGCCGAAGCCGGGAACCGUAGAGUUCAACAAUCUGGCGGCAACUAUAUCGGAUUCAUUCAAUGGUAUUCUAAGUCCGUUGACUGGUUACUACAAAACAGAGAUUCUCGGCUUUGAGAAGGAGGGCAGCACUAUGGUGGCCAAGGUCCAGGCCAUGUUCGACAAGGCGGAUGUGGAGAAGAAGCACGCCUUAGAGACCAACGAGGUGGAUAAAACCAGCGAGGCAGCAGCCCAGAAAAACGCCGAUGUGAUUCGUUCGGCUUUGAAGGAUCAGGUUGCCACCGGUCGAGUGGGCUCUCUAACGGUGGAUCCACAGUUCUUGGACUUUGAGGCAUUGGAAUACAAGAGCUCUUCCGAGCCCAAUGCCAAGGAGACACUGCUCUCCUUCUUCGAUCUUUCCGAGACACGUUUGUACAUCGUCCUGGGACUAAUUGCGGCCCUGGUGCUCAUCGCUUUGAUCCAGGCCUUCUGCACCAUUUGGAAGACAUCGCGAAAGAGCAAGAACACGAAGCUGGUUUACGUAAUUCCCGAAGAGUGGCGCAUGUACCAACAGCGACAGCACCAGCGCUACUAUCAGCCCUCUAGCGAUCUAUAAAAGACUCACUCUACAAAUUAAAUUCAGAUCAGAUCAGAUCAGAUAAUAUGUACGCCCUAGACAUACUGCCCUACUGCCCGAUCCACCUGUAAAGCGAGCAUCAGCUACAACUACCUUAAGCGCAUUUACGUGUUAAUCCGAACCGAACCCAUCUUGUAGUUAGUUUAAGUACCGGAAACCUUUUGAUCAUGUACUGUAUCUGCGUCUGCGUAGGUGCCGCGUUUAUCAAAAUUCAAUAACUAAAUCGGAGAAACUUAUUCAAAACUCACCCUGGAAGGAGUUCGCCUCCAACACCAACUAUGCCUUUGACCCUUAUGGCGAAACGGAGGAGAAGAACAUUACGAACAGCAGUUCGGGCAAGGAGAAGGCUCGCAACCGCCAUCAGUCGACAACGAGCAGCCAGCAGACGACACUUCCCAUGUCCCAUUCGCCCACCAGCAAGUCCCAGAUGUACUACGAGAGUCCAAACGGCCAGGGCAAAAGCUCCAAUGGCAAUGGCAGUCGGGGCAACGGACGUGCCACCCAGGAGAGCAGCGUCGGAGGAGCACCCUAUUCCCGGAGCUCCUAUGCGGAGCGAGCUUAUUCCCUGCCGCGGCAGGCGCAUCAGUACCAGCAGAGCCCGGCCAGCAUGCAGCCCUCGGGUUACUACACCCACGACAGGCGGGCCGCGCGCCAAGGAAGCCGGGACAGAGAGCGCGAGCGAGAAAGGGAGGAGGAGCGGCGCCAGCGCCAGGACCGCGAUCGGGACUCUGGCUACGACCGGUCGCGUGACGAUCCGCGACAAAACGGUGGGUCCGAUACGCCGGACUUCUACUUCAUGCCCUCGCAGCGCAAGUAUUCCGGGGAGGUGGUACGCGUCUAUGUGGACUACAACAAGGAUCCGAAGCACUAAAGCUCAAAACACAUCCGAUUAUUUAAUGUUCGUUUUAAGUUCUACUCUCACUCUGUUUCGUCCCUCACAAAACAAAAUAUUAAGUAUGUAAGUAUUGAAUCGUUGGUCCAUUAAAGAUAGAUUGCGUAAACUUUCAAUAGAUUUUAAAAUAAUCACAAAAAUUGUUUGGGUUUUCCAUACAACGUUAGGCUUAAAUGAAUUAUUUCAAGCUGACCCUUGUUUAAAAAAACAGACAAUUGACCUCGAUUCGACUCUUAUCUGUGCACUCUUGUUUCCAUUGUGAGCCCUCUUUAGUUUCGAUUUUGCCAUAACGCAGUUGCGCUGCAGCGGCGUUUCCAGGUGCGGAAGCUUUACCACAAAACGCACAACGCAUGAUUCCACACAACUUAGUGAAUUGUAAAUAUUUUGAAUAGGCGUUAAUGCUCUUGCAACGAAAACAAGAAACAAAUCCAAGCCACACAAAUCACACAAAAAUAAAAACUAUAAAGCAAGCUUUGCAGUUAGGUACGUGCAUACAUAAUGUUUUCGCAUUGUCUUAUCGUAAAUGUGCAAAGAAACAUAGUCACUGUAUUUAAUCAAAUUAAAUAUACGCAUUAAGUACAUAUAAAUAAAGUUAAGUACAUCCAAAAU